UGAUGCUCAGCAAGGCCCGAAGUGGCCGAUGCAGCGGCAGGCGAGGGAAGGGGCUCGUCGUGUGAUCUGAAUCUCUAGCGCUGGGCUUUUUAUCCUUUCCUUUCACUCGCAGGUAAAGCGAAGGAGCAGCAGCAAGAGCACGUAGCUCGCGUUCUGUGAUCGAGGCUGCGGAGCUGGUGGUCUCAUCGAUCUGCGCAGUGUUUCUAAGGCUGACUCUUUGUCGGCAUUUGUGGAGGAGCAGCUCUGUUGGCUGGCUGGACCCGCGACAGGCGACAGGCGAGAGAGAGAGAGAGAGAGCGAGCGCCUUUGCUUCGCCAUACCCCCGACCUCUCUCUGGAGGAGUCGAGGCUUGCGGCUGCAUUGGUGAGCCGACCACUUUGUCUGCCGUCGAGGAAAUGGAAUAAUUGGAGCUCGGGGGUCGAUUCGAGAUCGCUCGUUCGAAGGUUUGAGACAGCUGCAUUGGGAGGAGGUGUGCACCGGAGAGCACAAUGGCCAAUUUUGAUGACCUGGAGCUCAUUCUCGACUCGAAUGUGGAGAGAGCUAGUGGAGGCGGAGUUGCGGAACAUUUUGAAUUUGAGAAACCCUUGCAGUCGAAUGGAUGCUCUUCGCAUUUGCGAGAGCGAGUGAACACUGCCGAAACUGGUAGUGGCGACGGUGAAGAAGAAAUCGUCGUUGCUUCCAGAGAUGAUUUGGACAGCUCAAAGCCCUUCAUGGUACCAGGCGCUGCUUCUCUGACUAUGGCUAUGGGGUCUCUUCUGUCUUUGUCUCACGUCUCUCCUCCUGUUCACAGGUUGGGGUUUGCACCAUCCAAGAAAGUUUUAAAGACAGAUACGUCUGCCAAAAAGACCAUAAAUUCUUCUCCUGUGGUAGGUGCCUCUCAGAUGGAUGUGUCUAUGGGCUCUUCUAUCACGAAAACAGUGAAGAAAUCUGUGGGCUCAAUUUCUCCAUUUCCUGACUACCAAAGGUUGCAUGGCAGUCAGUUCGGAGAACCUAGGAACCCAGCAGGUUUGAGGAAAGCCACAAUCGUAUGGUUCAGGAAUGAUCUUCGAGUUCACGACAACGAAGCUCUUGUGCAAGCUAGUAAUGACAGUAUGUCAAUCGUGCCUGUAUACUGCUUUGAUCCUCGAGAUUACGGGAAGUCCUCUUCUGGGUUUGACAAGACUGGUCCUUACAGAGCUAAGUUUCUGCUAGAAUGUGUAUCCAAUUUGAGGGACAAUCUGAGGGAGAGGGGCUCUGAAUUGAUUGUCAGAAUUGGUAGGCCAGAAGAAGUUCUCGUGUCCUUGGCCAAAACCGUAGGUGCCGAUGCAUUAUACGCGCACCUGGAAGUAGCCCACGAAGAGAUGAACGCUGAGGAGAAAGUUUCAGCUGCCUUGAAAGAGGAGGGAGUGGAGUCCAAGUAUUUCUGGGGAAGUACUUUGUUCCAUGUGGACGACCUUCCUUUCAAGUUGGAGGAUAUGCCCUCCAAUUACGGUGGAUUUCGCGACAAUGUGCAGGGUGUCGAAGUUCGUGCAACGAUUGAGGCUCCUAAGCAUCUGAAGGGCCUUCCGGUUGGGGGCAGUGUGAAGGCAGGCGAGAUUCCCUCUCUACAAGAACUGGGGUUAAAUCCCAGCGCUAUUAAUCGGCCGGAAACUCCCGUUUCUGGUGCGCGUCCCGGUUUUAGUGGGAAUGAACCGAGUGAUGGGGAGUUGGCUCUGAACCUUGCCCUUAGCCUCGCCAAAGAUUUUCCUCAAGAAGAAGACGAAGAUGAAAAGCAUACGGCUUAUGGAGGAGCUUUAUUGAUAGGAGGUGAAAAUGAAGCUCUACAGAGACUCAGGAGCUUUGUAGUGGAGGCUUCUAGUCUGUCUGAAACGAAGAGUCGUACAGCUGAUAAGGCAGGAGAAAGUUUGUAUGGCGCGAAUUUUUCAUGCAAGAUCUCGCCUUGGCUAGCCAUGGGCUGUCUCUCACCACGCCGCAUGUUUGAGGACCUCCACCAAAGCAAUAAGAAGGUUGCUCCCGCCUCAGCAGCGAAGUGUGGAGUUACGGAUGAUAAUGGACUGAAUUGGCUUGUCUUUGAGUUGCUGUGGAGAGAUUUUUUCAGAUUUAUAACCAAGAAGUUCGGUGCCGGCAAGAAAAGCUCCACUCCAGCAACAGCGUGUACUGGCGCUCUCUCACCGGCUUGACAUUUUGAUCAUGUCAAUCUUAGCGUCUCUUGAUCUGUUGAGUAGCCAAUCCGGGACUUUCGUACAAUUGGGAGAGCUGAUACUCAUGUAAGAAAGUAAUGUGUUAUCUUCAGAACACAUCAAGACCAGCAGGUGGAUGAUGAAAAGAUUUAGAUUGCAGAAGGACUUAGUCCCCAUUUUGACUGUGCCCUGUUUUUCAACUGACCAAAUUGUUAAUAAACAAACAUAGUAUAUCACAAGUAGCAGCCAAUGUUCCCAACACCAUCACUCUUGUCCUGAGAUACCCG